AACAACAUGAGUGUUUGGUGAUCGAUGGCGAAGCUGGGGCUAGCAGUGGGCACGUCGGCCAACCUCUGCUUCUUCUCCAACAAGAGCGAUGCGGGCUCGGGGAGAGCCACGCGCCUCGGAUGGAUCCUCUGUCCUGCAAAUCCUAGGUGCAGCAGUUUGGCGACGAUAUGGGCCGCGGCGGUGGAGGCUCCGCCGAGAAGCAUCGACAUGGAGAUCGUGCGGUCGCUGAACGGCUGGGUGGCGGCGAACAUGCUCCCGCUGCUCAACCCGGUGGAGUCCUCAUGGCAGCCGCACGACUUCUGCGGCGCCAACAACUUCCUGUCGUGCUCCGCCACGACGCCCGGCGCGUCGGAGGAGGAGGCUCUGUCCGCCUUCAUGGACGACGUUGCCACGCUGCGCGCGGGAUCCGCUGGCGUGCCCGACGAGGUCCUGGUCUGCCUGGUGGGCAACUUGGUGACGGAGGAGGCGCUGCCGUCGUACCAGAGCAUGGGGAACCGCACGGAGGGCAUCGCGGACGACACCGGCGCCAGCAGCCUCCCCUGGGCGCAGUGGAUCCAUGGCUGGACGGCCGAGGAGAACCGCCACGGCGACCUCCUCAACCGCUACCUCUACCUCUCCGGCCGCGUCGACAUGCGCCAGGUCGAGACCACCGUCCACCACCUCCUCCGCAACGGCAUGGACAUGCUGGUGCCCAAGAGCCCGUACCACAGCGUGAUCUACGGCGCGUUCCAGGAGCGCGCGACCUUCGUCUCCCACGUGCACACGGCGAGGCUCGCCGGGCAGCACGGCAACCAGGCGCUCGCCAAGAUCUGCGGCGUGAUUGCCGCCGACGAGAAGAGGCACGAAGCGGGCUACACCAGGGUGUGCGCCAAGCUCUUCGAGGUGGACCCCGACGGCAUGGUGCGCGCGCUGGCGCACGUCAUGCACGGCAAGGUCACCAUGCCGGGGCUGCUCAUGUCCGACGGCCACGACGCCGCCAGUGGCGAGAACAGCCUAUUCGAGCGGUUCUCCGCCGUGGCGCAGAGUGCCGGCGUGUACACGGCGAGGGACUACGGCGAUCUGGUGGAGCACUUCAUGCGCAGGUGGCGGGUGGCAGAGCUCGCCGGACUCUCUGGAGAAGGCCGCCGCGCGCAGGAAUACGUGUGCGGGCUGCCGCCCAAGAUCCGGAGGAUGGAGGAGCUGGCACACCAGAGGGUGGCCCGUAGCGAGCUCAGGCCGGCCCGCUUCAGUUAG